AUGGGGGACGCCCUGGGGAACGCGGCGCUGGUGGUGACGGCUGAUGGCUGCUUCCUGCUGCUGCAGCGCGGCACGGCUGUGGGUGAAUUCCCAAAUUGCCCAGUUUUUCCGGGAGGACACCCAGAGCCAUCAGAGGCAGGCAUUUCUUCCACACCACAACCUCCCCCCACCCAACACUCCCCUGUCGACCCGCAAUCCUCCAACACCCCUGCCUCUCCUCCGCUCUCCCCUUCCUCAUCGCCCUCCCUUCUCAACGCCACCAUCGCACAUGAGAUGUUUGAAGGCAUGAAGAGGGAGGUGGAGGAAGAGACAGGCGCCCCUGCUGAUUCCCUUCACGACAUGCUCUUCAUCGGUCUGUGCAGGCGAAGGGAGAACGUGCGAUCGCUCGCCAUGUUUCUCUGCCACACCUCGCUCACGGCACCGGAGGUGCUCUCUCGCUACGCCUCUGCACAGCACAAGUUCGAAUCCACCAGCCUCAGAGCCGUGCCGCUGGCGGAGUUGCUGACAGAGGCGCACUCCAUGCCAGGCUGUCACAUGGGCGGUGCUGUGCUGGCAUACUGCCACCUCACCCUGCAUGGCCAUCUGCCGCCCACAUAA